AACAGGGUUGUAGCCCCGCACCGCAUCUAGGUGCAGCAGAGCAGUCCGUGAAAAAGUGCAACGAAACGAAAUUCGAAAGCAGCUCUCAAAAGUUGCCUAAGCGAUCCGCGCGAAUUGGCAAAGAAAUUCGCGCUGUCUGUAUAAAAGUGCGUGUGUGAGUGAGCUGAUACAAAUCCUUUGGUAAGGAGCUAAAAGCACCAGAAACCCACGUCGAACACGAGAAACAAUCGAGGAAGCCUGUGGAAUAUUAAGAGAAAAUACGCUCACUAACCGGUGGUGGUAGUGACGGCAGCAGGACUGCCCCAACACAGACGCAGUAGCGGCUUUUGUACAAGGAUCUCGGCUGACGAGUGCCGGAAGUGACUCUGCUCUACACAUUUUGUGAAGCUACCCCUCAGCUUAUCGGGGCGUGCGUGAACGGAACGAUUUUGCAGCGACAGCGCACCGCGUAAGCGACGAUGUCUUCCCAAAUGGCACAAACUGCGCCGACGAUCGCGAUCCCCACGUCGUCGUUGAAAUCGGCGCCACUCGCGAUGACGACGGCGAUGGCGGCCAUGCCGGCGUCGUCUCCCAUUUCACAUCCGGCGGCAUCGCUUCCGCUGUCACAGAACACCACCUCGCAGCAGCAACAGCAGCAACAGCAACAACAACAACAGACCAGCAACACCAUCUCGGUGUCGGCGUCGACGGCGAGUAUCUCCUCCGUGCAGACCAACAACUCCUCGUCGGUGAUGCCGGACUCGACGUCGACGAUCGUGAAGGAAGGUUGGCUGUACAAGCGCGGUGAACACAUCAAAAACUGGCGCUCGCGCUACUUCGUCCUGCGGACGGACGGCACCCUGGUGGGGUACAAGACGCGCCCGGAGGCGAGCUGCCUGACGGAACCGUCGAACAACUUCACCGUGCGCGGCUGCCAGAUCAUGUCGAUCGACCGGCCCCGGCCGUUCACAUUCAUCAUUCGCGGGCUCCAGUGGACAACGGUGAUCGAGCGGAUGUUCCACGUGGACGACGACGGGGAGCGCAAGGACUGGGUGGACGCCAUCCGCCGGGUGGCGAAUCGGUUGAACGAAGAGGAGGUCUACCAGACGGCACCGCCACCCAUGCCGUCGGACGAGGACUGCGAGAUGGGUUCGAUUGCCGAGGAUGAGCUGCUGAGCGAAAAGAUUCCCGUGUACGGAACGGCCACCGAUAAGAUUAGUGGAAAAAUGAAAGUCCAGACGUUGGAAAACUUCGAGUUCCUCAAGGUGCUCGGCAAGGGCACGUUCGGGAAGGUGAUUUUGUGUCGCGAAAAGAGCAGCGCCAAGCUGUACGCGAUCAAGAUCCUCAAGAAGGACGUGAUCAUCCAGAAGGACGAGGUGGCGCACACGAUGGCCGAGAAUCGCGUCCUGAAAACAACCAACCACCCGUUCCUCAUAUCACUGAAAUACUCGUUCCAAACCGUCGAUCGGCUCUGCUUCGUGAUGCAGUACGUGAACGGGGGCGAGCUGUUCUUCCACCUGAGCCGCGAACGCAUCUUUCCGGAGGAUCGCACCCGUUUCUACGCCGCGGAAAUCAUCUCCGCCCUGGGGUAUCUCCACUCGCACGGUAUCAUCUAUCGCGACUUGAAGCUCGAGAACUUGCUGCUCGAUAAGGAUGGCCACAUCAAGAUUGCCGAUUUCGGGCUGUGCAAGGAAGACAUCACGUAUGGGCGCACGACGAAAACGUUCUGCGGCACGCCCGAGUACCUGGCGCCUGAGGUGCUGGAGGACAACGAUUAUGGGCACGCGGUCGACUGGUGGGGCACGGGCGUCGUAAUGUACGAGAUGAUCUGCGGGCGAUUGCCGUUCUACAACCGCGACCAUGACAUCCUCUUCACGCUCAUCCUGAUGGAGGAAGUCAAGUUCCCGCGCCAGAUCAGCGUCAAUGCGCGCAGCUUGCUCAGCGGACUGCUGGUGAAGAACCCGAAGCAACGGCUCGGUGGAGGGCCGGACGAUGCCAAGGAAAUUAUGGCUCACCCGUUCUUCGCCAGCAUCAACUGGACGGAUCUGGUGCACAAGCGUAUCACGCCACCGUUUAAGCCCCAGGUAACGAGCGAUACCGAUACGCGCUACUUCGACAAGGAGUUCACUGGCGAGAGCGUCGCACUAACGCCCUCCGAUAGCAACGGACCGCUGGGAGCGAUUCAAGAGGAGCCACACUUUUCGGAAUUUAGCUAUCAGGACAUGGCGUCGACGAUGAACACGCCUAGUUACAUGAACCAUUCGUCGAGCAACUAUCCGCCGAUGCAGUGAGCCUCGGGAUGGCGAGAGUGACGCGGACAGAACAUAAAGCGGCCAUCUUGCACAUCGGUGGUGGUUGUUGCAUGAUGAGAAUUGAAGAAACGUUGAAAUGAAGCUGCGCCAACACCACACUAUCACAGCUGGAAGAGGGACCGAGUGAAAGAGCAGAGAAACAACAGCGGGUCACCGUGUAUAACCGCAAGCAGAUGACCGCGUUAUGUGUUAUAUUCGCGUUCUCCAUAGCCCGAUAUUGCUACGCAAAGCACUGAGUGCAGCGAUCACUGUCGAUCGCUAAUGAAACGGCGAGCGCCCCACAGAACCUAAGCGCUGCUGCGGGCAAGAGAUCUCGAUCGUCAGAGUUUGCGACAAAGGUCCUCGCAUGGGCACCUGUCUGCCUGAGAACCGUGUACACCGUUAUACGGUCGUAAUAGUAUGCAUAUGUUGCUCUAUAAAGCCUACAGCUCGGUGUGUGCGGGCCUGAAGCUGCUUGGCAGCAGUCGCGAUGGCCGGCCACACUAGGCUACCGGCAACCCGCGAACUGUGCUUAGGAAACAAAAGUUCCACAAUAAUUCUUCCGUGGUGUGGUUAGUUGACGGCUCUUCGAGGAUCCGUCUAUAACCGCACCGAUUCUACGGCUAAGCAAACAUUCAUGGUCAUUGAAACUUUCCAUCCACAACCAACCAUCCCGCAAUCAUCAACACUGAAACUGACCGACAGGACACACAUAAUAUUUGUAGUAUGUAUAAAUCGACCACCGUGCCAAUAUAUAUGUAUACAUUUUUGCCAUAGCCAAACAAGUCAAACCACAGGAUCUCAGAUUUACAGAAGCAUAAGUUGUCGUCCAUGCGACCUUAACACCACACACAGCAAUUCCACAUAAAUCAGACACUACGGAAGUAUCCCCGAUCGAACCGGCAUCCCGCAACCAACACAGUAAAUGCCAAACUACUACCUACUACUCUCUAACGAUAGCGACGGUUCUGCCUGCGACGGUGAAGGGACAUUCUUUUGCGCGUUAAACAGAAGAUACGAAGUGAAUCAUUUUGCAAUUUUUAGUUUGUAAGGUUAAACGCGUAUUAGUAGGGUUACUAUACUGGUGUGUGUGCGGCGAUCGCUUUGGAAACACUAAAUGGAAGUAGACGAUAACACCACACUCCCCGCGAUCGCAGUAGUCUUGUUUCUUUUUUUUUUGAUGAAACAACUCAUCGACGGGAGUGCUAACAGAGGUGAAACUGAACUAACGACAUGAUACGAAGUGCGAACAAAGCUUCUAUGGAAGACCGUAGGAUGUUUCGUAAGUGAACACAGUAGCAAGAAUGUAAGGGGUGCCCUCUUUAGUAGAGUAAGAAAGUAUCCGCGAUUUCGCGUGCGUGCUUGUGUGUGUGUGUGUGUGUGUGAAGCGUUGGACAGUGCAUAAGUAACGCGGAAAGCAACCGGGCUGUGAUAGAAAGAAGUUUGUUCACUCUAACUGUAAGUAACGUAGCCACUAGCAACUAGCCGAGACAGACUACCAAUUGAUAGAUGUAAGUAGUUGAGCCUGCGCUAUCUGAGAUACCAGGCGGUUGAGAAUUAUCGAAUGAACUUUAGUAGAGGAGGAGGCGCAGUAACAACACGAUGCCGACAAAUAUACAUUGAACUAUGGUGCCCAUGGACGUGGAAAGUUAUUCCAGCCAAAGGCGGGGGCUAAACAAACGAAUUAAAGAGCUAAACUUCUUAACCCAGCGUUCCAGCGUAAGGUAUGGAGCCAAUCGUAACGCAACGCAGAAUAUUUUGCGAAACUGAGCAAGAUUGAGGCUAUCGCUCUGUACGGAGAGUGCCCUGUGUGCCGAACAAUACGCCACCGCGCGGACGAACGGCGUGCUUUGUGUGUGGGAAGAGAAAUUUUUAAAAACUAAGUAUGACAAAAAAUCACUACAAACACACAGGGAUUCAGUUAUGCAAACUGAUUUGCAGUCAUUUAUAGGGCGACGCUGCCUAUACGGAUGGACAGCGCCAUCUAGCAGCUUCCUUUUCGUAGCAUUCGAAUUUCGUUCGGAUUAAUUUUAAGGGACUAACCGUAUGUUUGCCGGAACACGACCUCCGCGGGUGUUCUGUUUUUUCCUUUUUCGACAGUAGCAUAUAGAAUCAAGCGUACCAUUAGAAGGGGUGCACUCGCGAGAACAAUAUCACUGCCUUAGCUAAACCAUAGAAUGAACCGUUGUGUGCAACAUUAGACACGGAGCAUAGUGUUAACGUACGAGUAUAGUAACCACCAGAGUGUCAGAAGAAUUCCAUCGGAAGGAAAAGCAAAACGUGUGUCGGUCAGCAGGUACACAAUUUCACGUAGCAUGGCAAGCAUAUUAGUAAACCACAAACGCGGCGAAGGCGUCUUGUUUGGAGCGGCAUACCAUUGCACAUUGCGUUGUUGCUAAGAGUACCAUGCCUUCUUGGAUGGCUUUCCUUUUUUGAAGUAAUUUACCUACAUAUGAAUUAUCGAACUUGAAUUAUUAAACACAGCGAAGUCUCACGAUGACGCACACAUUCAUAUCCAUUUGUUCCGAAUCACUACUAACUGCGCGAGUUAUUGCCAUACCGGCAUAGGGAGAGAGAUUGUAAAUUGGUGCUUGGGCUGCUUUUGGGUAUUAGUACGGCCACAAGAAACGAUGCAACCAUCUUUCUUCGAUACAGACUAGUUGUGUGCGAGUAACUGUCAGUCGAAAAUGUGUGUGUUUGUGCGCGUCAUGUCGUCGGCUUCCAAAAACUUCCUGUUUAGUUCUUAUCAUUACGUCUAUCGCGGGUGAACCGCGCAAUAACAGGGACGAUAACAUUUUAAUACCUCCAAUAGCCCCACACAGAUGUACACAGUAGCAUUGAGCACACUAGUUUGCGUUACAUCCUUGCAAAAAAAAAAAUGAUGUAGAUUGACAGGAUCUAGAAGCAAGAAGGACGUUGGUAAAUGAAACCAAAAUCCGGAGGACAGAAGGAUUGCGUAAACUUCUUCCCCUCUGCAUUGCGCUAAAAGUUCAUAACACACGCAGCUUAAUAAAGGGAUAAGAGAACAUGACACUGAGUUCAUUGGUUCACAUCAUAAUCAACUAUGAUUAACAACUAAUCCCGGUAGGCUACUGCUGUCUGUCACCAUACUGUCAUACGGUAUUAGUAAGCGAUAGAUAAAUUUAAUAUAAAAGAUUGAUGAAAAAAGAAGAAACCA